GUUUAAAUGGAUGGAGGUGUUAGAUUAUUAAUUUUUACUAAUAUAAGUGCUACUUAAAACAAAUAUACUGUUAAAUUAAAACAGUAAGAAGAACAAAUACAAGCAAAUAGUUAGAUAUAAUGGCUGGACGAGUACCUCGUUUGGGAGAUUAUCAAAAGAAAAACAACAGUAUAUAUUACCUGAAAAAAGCUAAGCAGGCUUGUGUAAAAAACGACUUCGCCGAAGCCUAUGAAAACUUUGUUCUAUAUUUUGAAAGUUUAAAUGAUCCCGCUGAAUCUACUUCUGCGGUGCAAACCGUUUUUACGAAACUCGUUUGCAAAAUGGGAGCGGUUUUGGAAGAAACAUCCAACAUAGAAGAACUCUUGAAAUGUUACAUUCAAGCUUUAAACCUAUUUCCUGACAAUUAUGUCAUACUGAAUAAUUUGGGCGCAUACAUGUUCAAAAUAUCCGAAGUAGAUAUCGCUCGAAGAUAUCUAGAAAGAGCAGUAAACGUCAACAAAAAUUACCUUCCCGCAGAAAUAAAUCUGAUGCGCGUCAAAUGGCAUCAAAUACCAAGAUGGCACUUUAGGAUGCUUAAUGACAAAGGUAGAAAUCUCGCCUACGACGAAGCCAUCAGAGAAGUCAUUGAAAACGGAUACAAAAACGUUAUAGAUAUAGGAGCGGGAUGUGGACUUUUAAGUUUGAUAGCUGCGGAGAUGCCAGGUACGUCUGUCAUAGCCAUUGAAGAAAACAAGCAGCUCUAUAAUUUAUGUGUAGAUAUUAUGAAGAAAAAUGAAGUUUCGAAUGUGAAGGUUCUGCAAUGUUAUUCAUUGGAUAUUGAAGAAGUUUUAGAUAAAUGCAAUUUUCUGGUUACGGAGGUGUUCGACUGUGGAUUGUUCGGGGAACGAGCUCUAGAAACCAUUUAUCACGCAUCAAAAAUGUUACGAACCGAGGAAGACUAUAAAAUAGUCCCGUGUGGAGCCAAAUUAUAUAUUACAGGUAUUAGUUGUGAAGAUCAAAUCAAGCGACAUAAACUCGUCAACAAAAAAUCAAUCAAAUUGCUCAAUCUCCAAAAUGUUUGCGUCACCGAAUACGAUCUAGAACCGUACGAAGCAGAAAAUUUACUAGAUAAAGAAGUGAAAUACGUGACUGAUAUUAACCAAGUUUUUGAUCUAGAUUUUUAUAACUUAGAACAAAUAAACGAACUCUUGAGCGAAGACGGGCACGAAAAGAUCAUCCAACUGAGGUGUAUAGAGCAGGGAGUGUUGCACGCGUUUGCCAUUUGGUUCGAUCUGAAUCUUACACCAAAUACCUACAUAACAAACAAUCCCCUCGACGAUGAUCAGGUCACUUGUUGGGAGCAUGCUAUCAUUUGCUUAGAUCAUCCAGUGGAAGUUGUGGAGGGAACGAUCAUCACGGCGAAAUUAACAAUUAAAGACUGUGGUUUAAAUGUAACAUUAAUAGAGACUGAACCUACGAAUCACACUUGUUUUAAGGUUUCUAAAGAAGUUAUAACGUUUUUAAACGAUCAAAAGUUGGUGGACAAUAUAAUUGCAUUGUUGAAAAAGGUUUGGAAUGCGAACACGACGGUUAUAGACAACAACAUAUGUCCGCUGUUAGGUUUUCUUUUGGCAAAAACUUCCCCAUGUACUGUAUACCAUCCAAUAAAGACAGAAGCUGAUAAAGCCUUUUUUGAUUACGUUUUAAACGUUAACAACAUUCCUAAAGAAAAUUUUCUCAUAGUCAAUGAACUAGAAAUUAAAGGACAAAACUCUUGUACGUUCUUUUUUGACACAGUCAAUGUUGACGGAUCUUUGGAAAACUGUUGUUUGGCGAAAAAUGAAUUAGGAAGCUCAAUAUACAUUCCGCAAAGUGUAACCAUCGUAGUACAACUUAUUAGUUCGUCGUAUAUAGAUUUUUGUAAUAAAGUGGAUGACGAUAACGUCUUUGGAUUUAAUAUCGCUGAAUUUAUCAACGAUUAUUCCGGAUAUGAACAUCCGAAUUUGGAAAGACUGAUGUACAAAGAACAUUCUCCACCGGUGAAAUUUCCUUUAGAAGGGGACGGAGAAAAAUCCAAAGAUGUAAUCGUCACUAGAGGUGGAGAGACGAAUGCCUUAUUGUUGUGGUACGAAUUACAAUUUUAUGAAGACAUAGUAUAUUCAACUUUAAACAGUAUACAUUAUAAAAAGACUUGUUUUUUCUUUAAUGAACCAAAGAAGAUCGAAUUAGGAGAUGGUAUCAGUAUAAAAAUGCAAAUUAAUGGUACCUAUAUGAAGUUUUAUAUUUAAAUAAUAAAUGUUUAUAUGUAA